UUAAACCACAAACCCAUCACAAUCUCAAUCCUCUAUUUACCCAAAAACAUACAACAACCCAUUUCAAAACCAAACAUUUUUCAAGACCCACUACAACAUAAAUGGGAAAUCAAAGUUCAGCAUAUUCAAAUACAGAAGAUGAUGAGAAAGCAUCAAAUGCUAUUUCAAAUGAACCAAAGUAUGUUGAUUAUGCUCCAAUUCAGAGGAAACAUUCAACAAAGGUAGAGAAGUUAGAGCAACAUGCAUAUAGCAACAAUCCACAAGUUAAUGAUGAAACUUUCACCAAUUUCAUUCAACGUGCAAAGUACAAAAUUCGAAGCAUGACCAACAUUGGACAUCAUGUAGAGAAUCGCAACCCUGCUGCAUCAGAUGUGGUUAAUACUAAUGUCGACAGUAAAAGUAAGGAAAAUGAAAGUGACCAGUUUUCUCAUUUUAUUCAUAAUACUAAGAAAAAACUAAGGACAGUAACAACUAUAAGGAAGAAUAAAACUUUCAAAAAGGGAAAUAACAGUGGACAUUGAAAGUGAUUCUAUGUUAUUAACGUCAAGUUUCAGGCAUUAAAAUAAGGAGUGAUGCAAAAUAAAUUAGUUUAUUUGUAUUGAUUUUUAAUAUGCUCAUAAAUUUAUAAUUAUGUUAUCUAUAUUUAUUUUACUGAAA